CAAUGCUGGUUCACGAUAGUAUUGUUAUUGUUAUAUGUACUGAAUGGGUUGAAGCUGAAAAUGAUCGCUCUAUUUAAAGUACACCUACUUCUAUAAGUGCUGACAUGCUACUCUCCCGGGUAGCUGUGAAUCCAUGGGUCACGGUGACCCGGCACAGCGAGCUUUUGUUGCCUUAUUCAUUUCACCUGGCGGACUUGUGCAAUGCUGCAACUGGUUUAAAAUAGAAGAUAGUGGGAAUGCCAAAGUAUCCGAGAGUACCUGUCACGAAGAACGUCCUGGGGAUUUAUGUGUGAUACAACAAGCGCUUAGGAUUUGUGUUUCGAUAUGAGGACGGCUACUCGCAUUCGACUAAUGAUAUGACACAAAGCCAGGUGGUCAACUUCAACAAUGUUGAAAGUCCUUGCGGUUCUAGUGCCGACCUUCUUAUUUGGCAUCUCAGGAGACAGACAAUGUGAGUGGGGGACAUAUGGCGAGAACUGUAACUUGACUUGUCCUGUGAACUGUGCCCUAGUUCCACUAAGUAAUCUUCAGCACUGUAACAGAGACACGGGGAAGUGUUCUGCGGGAUGCCGGCGUGGUUGGCAUGGUGAUCUGUGUGACCAAUCCUGCAGCACCAACUGUCUCAACAAGACCUGUAACCUGCAAACUGGGCACUGCACACUUGGCUGCAAUGGAACCAACAUUGGAGAUUUUUGUAACGGUACACGAGAGUGUGGUCGUGGCUGGUACGGAGAUACGUGUGAACAUCCCUGCAGCAGCAACUGUGUGGAGGAAAGAUGCAACCAAACAACUGGAGUCUGUGUACUUGGCUGCCGUGGGACUUAUACUGGAGAGUUCUGUAACAUCACUAACGUAGUUAGCAACAUCAAGGAAGAAGCAGACAAUCUGGCUGCCAUACUGGUUCCUGUCUUCCUGGUUGUAGCUGUAGUCACCACAGUCGUCACAGUCGUCGUGGUCCUAUUAUGGCGCAGACGGAAAAACAGUGCACAAUAUGCGGGUGCUUCAUUCAACAGGAAGCCACUGUUAUCCCCUGGACAUACGGAUGAAGAAGGAGCUGAAGCAAGGGAGACGACUCCUCCUCGAGCUGGAAUAAUGCAUGAAGAUUUAUUGCAACAAGAGAUGAAGCAGACAGAAUCCGUUUUUAAGAAAACUGGUAUCUACAAUAGAGUGAAGACGGAGCUGGAGAGACACAAACAUGUGACGAUGAGCGGAACUGCUGGGGGAGGAAAGACCGCCAUUGCUCUAAUGUUAGGGAAACAGUAUAACGACAGAGGCUUCAAAGUAUUUUUUGUUACUGAUGUUUGCAAAAUCAAUCUGCUUGGCUGUUUAGCUGGAGAGGAAAAAGUUUGUUUCAUAUUUCAUGACAUCUUCAAAACGGUCGAUUUAGCAAGGGACAAACAAAAGGUUGAAAAUAUUUUAAGUGAACUGGAACAAGUGCUGAAAGCGUGUGAAACCAGAACUGGAGAUAAAAGGGAAGUUUAUGCAAUAUUAACUGCAAACACAAAAAAAGGUGAAAUAUCGCAGUUUGGGGGUACAUUUUUUAGUGGUUUGUCUUACAUUGAUCUUACCCUGUUGUCUUGUCAGUACUCACACGAGGAAAAGAAGGAAAUAUUUAACAACCAUUGUAAAUCAUCAAAAUCAGGUGAACUUCAGAACCUCGAUGUCGAAGCGAUUUGUGACUUUGAACAAUCUGUCUUAGGCUUUCCUCAAACAUGCAAUCUCUUUUUUGCUUUUCCAAAUUUUCGCAAGCAUCGUGAAAAGUUUUUCUAUGAGCCUUUCUACUAUCUGAGAGAAGAACUGGAAACAAUUCUCCGCCAAAUGAAUGAUAAGUCAGGUGCUCUCAUCCUGAUGUUUCUGUGUAAAGACAAACUGAACUUAAGAGAAGUGGAGAUGCCAUCUCGCAACAAGGACCUGGAAAGCAUGUUUACAUUGAUUAAAGAUGUUGUACAUAUUUCGUCACGAACAAAAUUAGCAAAAUCAAUCAGACAUUUCUCGGGUACGUUUUUCACAAAGGGAGACAUAGCAGGCUUUGCUCAUCCUUCCAUCUACGAUGCAUGUGCGUGUGCUUUAUUCACUCUCAACCCAUCCCUCGUCUUGGAACAUUGUCAUAUGAAGUUCCUUCGUGAUCAUGUGCAUCCUGACCAACAUCUGGAGACUUCUACUGUGGACAAGAUUCAACCUACUAUCCACGUAUCACAUGUCUACACUGCCAUGAUCGAUAAAAGACGCGCUUCGGACAGUCAUUCAGGGGAGGAGCUGCCAAACGAAGGAGUCUGCAAUGAUGGUGUCAUGAGCAGAGAUUGGCUGGACAAACAGGUCAUGAGGACAGAAAAAGUGUUUGUUAAAACUGGCAUCUACGAUACAGUGAAGGAGACGUUGGAGACUCACGGACAUGUGACAGUGAGUGGUGCAGCAGGGGGAGGGAAGACCGCCAUUGCUCUGAUGUUAGGGAAACACUAUGAGGAGGAGGAAGGCUUUCAGCAGGUCCAUGUUGCUGAUGUUUCCAAGUUCAAGCUGGAUGUCUACAUUCGUGAACUAUCUCACAGGAGCGUGUGUUUCAUAUUUCAUGACAUAAUUAGGAUCAUAGAGCGUUCAAGAGACAUAGCUGAUCUUAAAAAUGUUUUGCUUCAACUCAGAGUGUGUAAGAAGAGGACACAAGAACACAAACUGUACACCAUAUUUACAGCUAACACAUACAUCAACCAUGGUGAGAUAUCACAGCUUGGAGAUGAAUGGUCAUAUGUCUUCAGUGGUCCAUCGUUCCUCGAUCUCAACGAGAUGUGUCAGUACACACCUGAAGAGAAGAAACUCAUCUUUGACAAACUUUGCAAAGGUUUUGACACAACUGUCGAUGUGGAAAAAAUUUGUGGAGUCAACCAAUCCAUCCUUGGCUUUCCUCAAACAUGCAAACUUUUUGUUGGGUUCAAAACUUUUCAAAACCAUCCUGAAGAUUUCUUUCAAAGGCCUUUUCACUAUCUAAAAGAAGAAAUGAAUUCAAUUCUUGAACGUGAAGAUGAUCAGUCUGCCGCUCUUAUCCUCAUGUUUUUGUAUGAUGGUCCGCUGAACUUGCACCAAGUUGAACUCCCAUCUGACAACAAGGAUCUCGAGGAUCAGUUCAAGACCAUGAAAAGCGUGGUGGAAUUUACAACGAGGACAGCAGUAGCCAUGGCAGUCAGGCAGUUUCGUGGUAGCUUCUUCACAAAAGGAGAUAUAACGUCAUUUGCCCAUCCUACCAUCUAUGAUGCGUGCGCCGUCGCCUUAUACACGGACCACCAGGUAUUGGUGCUGAAACAUGCCAGUAUCCGGUUCCUUUGUAAGCAUGUGUACACCAAAGAAACAGAACAUAAGCCCUCUGAGACUAUGGUCUGUGUACCUAAAGCCUAUAUCAAUGAACUAAAAGAGAGGUUGUCUAAAUUAGGAAAACAACAUCCCAACUAUACAGACCUCAAGUCAUUGAUUAUAAAAUGAUCUGGCAAUAUCUGUUAUCCAGUGAAUGGAUCUGCACCACUGACAAUAUAACCAUUUCAUGACAAAUACUGUAUAGCGUAUAUUUCCAUGUAUCCAGAAGAGAAUACUUGUAGAAGAAUGUCAUGCUUCAUAGUGUUAUGUAUUAUUCAUUACUGCCAGAUAAAUGGACAAUCAUCAAAGUCCCUAUUGUGACCAUGUAUCAUCAGACAAAGUAAACGAGCAGGACACAUCUGCAAGAAACAAAGUCCCAAAACAUUUAAAGCAGAUUUUAUCUUACCACGUUUUUACUUAUAGAAUACAUGUUCUUUUAAUGCUUGGUUAAUUUUGUCUUAAUCGUCAACAUCUCAAGGGAUGAUGUAAAUCCACCCAUGCAAGUAGCAAAGGCACUGUGGGUCUCCAUGGUCUCUAGCAUGGUGAUCUACCUUCAAUUGUUGGCGAUCUAUAGCCUGUUUUAAUAUUGUAUUGUUGCGUGUAUAAUUAUUGUAAUAUGCUAGUUUUACGUCUUAAUCUGAGUUAGUAGUGUUAUUUACUGACCAUCGACGACAGACUUCCUAAUCAUGUCCAGUAUUUCAAUUUCCCUUGGCCAUGGCAGUCGGACAGUUCCGUGGUAGCUUCUUCACAAAGGAACUUAAAAACAGGGUGUCCGAA